CGCGCAUGCGCAGCGCCGCAGGCCGGCCGCGGGUCUCCGGAUGGGGAAGGUGGAGUUUUCGGGCGGGAACUUGACCCGUUGAGCGCCGCGGCCAUGGCGGCGCGCUCGCCGUCCACCCCGCCACCCCCGCCCCCGGCGCCGCAGCCGGCCCGCCGGUCCCCGCGCGUCAGGCGGCGCGGAGCCGAGGUGCAAGCCGUGCGCAGCGAGGCCUCGGGUCUGGCGGGCACCGCGAGGGUGGCCGUCGCGGAUGAGAGCCGCUUAAUCUGGAGGGACGAAGAAGGGGCAGGGGGCCGGCGAGCGCCGGGCCGGCCCGGGGCCGCUCUCGCUCCCGUGGCCAGCGCCCCCGCGGAUUGCGGGCGGCCGGAGGGCCUCUCCGUGGUGGAGGCGAAUGCGACUCGGACGCAGCUGCUGGAGGAAGAGCUGAGCAGCCUCAGGGAGGAGCUGGCCCUGUGUCAGGCUGACAAAGAAUUUGUAUGGUCUUUGUGGAAACGUCUUCAGGCAACAAAUCCAGAUCUCACUCAAACUGUCAGUUUGGUUGUGGAAAGAGAAAAAAAGAAAUCUGAAGCCAAAGACAGAAAAGUUCUGGAAAUUUUACAAGUCAAGGAUGCUAAAAUACAAGAAUUGGAACAGACUGAAUCAUUGCUAAAACAGGAAAUAAAUGACCUUGUAAAGCUGAAGACUGUGGUUGAUGAAGAAAAUGCUUUCUUAAGGAAAGAAUUCAAUGAUUUACAGAAGAAAUUUAAAGAUAAAAGCCAAGAAGUUAAGGACGCUAAGGAGUGUGUACAGAAUAAAGAAGAACAAAAUAGACUGCUUAUAAAAAACCUGGAAAAGGAAAACGAGAAAUUAAGUACACGCUGCACUGACCUGCUAAAUGAACUAGAGAAACUGAAGAACGAGCAAGUACAUUGGAGAAAGGAAAAAUAUAGUAUGGAUGCAAAAGUAAAGGCCCUUGAAACCAAUUUAAUUGAAGCUCAGGAAGAAAUUGCAUUAUCACAGAGUAAAUAUGAUGCUCUGUCACUACAGUUGAAUAACAAAGAGACUGAACUUCUCCAAAAAGAUACGGACAUCACAUUGGUCAGGCAAGAACUGCAGGAGCUGCAGAAUCGGUAUAAGCAGAACAGUGCACAUACAGCACAGCAAGCAGAACUGAUCCAGCAGCUCCAGGUUCUGCAUAUGGAUACACAGAAAGUGCUGAAGAACCAGGAAGAUGUUCACACAGCUGAAAGUAUAUCAUACCAAAAACUUUAUAAUGAAUUACAUGUUUGUUUUGAAACUACAAAAUCAAAUGAAACUAUGCUCCGGCAAAGUGUUGUUAAUCUUCAGGACCAACUAUUUCAAAAAGAACACGAAAAUGCAAAAUUAAAAGAAAAACUUCAGGAAUCACAAGGAACGCCCUGUGUAUUACUUCAAGAAAGUGAUUCAAACCAUUUAGCAAAGUUAUCUCAACAGGCACCAUUAUCAAGCUUGGAAACAUUAAUGGUCUCACAGAAGUCUGAAAUCGAGUAUUUACAGAAGAAACUGAAAAUGGCAAAUGAGAAAUUGUUGGAGAAUAGAUCUUGUGACCAGAGAUUGUCAGAGAAGAGUGUUGAAGGAAAACACAAGGAACCACCUGUGAAACGUUCAAGGUCUUUGUCCCCAAAGAACUCUUCCAUGGACUCUGAGGAGCUAAGGAAGCUGAAAAAAGCUGAAAGAAAGAUUGAAAGCUUAGAAAAGACACUACAGCUAAAGAGCCAAGAAAAUGAUGAGCUAAGAGAUGCCCAUGAAAAACGCAAGGAAAGGCUACAGAUGUUGCAAACCAACUACAGAGCAGUAAAAGAGCAAUUAAAACAGUGGGAAGAAGACAGUGGCAUGACUGAAACCAGAAAAAUGAAGCGAGCAGAACCUCACCAACUUCGACAGGAAGAUUCUGAUGCUGUGUGGAAUGAACUGGCAUAUUUCAAAAGAGAAAACCGGGAGUUGUUGGUUCAAAAGAUGACUCUUCAAGAUGAAUUGGAUGAGCUUAAAGUGCAUAUGUCUAUUGAUAAAACAACAAUACAAGAACUGAACAGGUGCAUGGCAGAAAAAAGAGAAGAACAACUCUUUAGACACCCUGAAGAUGCUGGGGUCAAGAAGAGUACUCCAGAGAAGAAUGAGAAAGCAAUAUCAGAGCAGACAUUAGAGAAGGUCAUUGAGUUGGAAGAUCGGUUAAAAUCUUUUGAGAAAAAGUCAAGAAAGUUAAAAGAAGAGAAUAAAAAAUUAAAGAAAGAAAACGAUUACCUGAAAUCUCACUUAAAACAGUAUCAAGAAGAUUCAGAGGUGAGAGAGAAAGAGCUGGAGCGCCUACUGCAGGUGAGUAAAGAUGUGGAAGAUGACAAGAGUGAACUUCAAAUAAAAAUCACUGCUCUGGAGAAGGAAGUCACUACCCUGAGGAGACAAGUGGCAGAGACUAAGGCUUUGAGAAAUAAAAAUGAAGAGGUGGCGAGUCCAGAGGGGGAAGAGCACCACCCAACAGACAGAGCUAAAACUGGGGUGACCACCACAAAUGUGAGAGCCCCGCAGUAUGACUGCAAGACAACCACUACCAAGGUGAAAUUUAGAGCUGCCAAGAAAAUGUGCGCUGUGGGUCGCCACCUCACUGUUCUCAAUCACUCCAUCAAGGUUAUGAGCCAUGUUGAGGACCUCAGCAAGGACGGCUGGGAGGAUGUGAGUGAAAGCAGUGAUUCUGAAACACAAACCUCUCAAAAUUUGGGAACAAUUAUUGUGGAAACAUCACAGAAAAUAAGCCCUAUAAAAGAUGGUGGAGACCAGAAAGAAACUGACCAAACAGAAGAGAGCUGUGUUCAACAAAGAGAGAUGCAGACAUCCUCGCAUGGCAAGGCCCUGAAGGAUAUUUCUCAUUAUAAGAAUACCAAGAAAAUGACUCUGCAAAAGAAGAGUGGAAGUGUACAGAAGAGUUUAUACACAGUGAUUCCUGUCCGAGUUAGCAGAGAAAAGAGCAAAAAUACACCUGCUCAGAAGUCAAGCAGUAACACUAUUUUACUACGAGAACGGAUUACAUCCUUGCAGCAACAGAUUAGCUUGCUUCAGAAUUCCAGGAAAGCCGCAGAGGUGUCAGCUAAGGAGUAUAAGGAAGCAAAUGAGAAGCUGCUCCAUCAACAGCAGAUAUCCGAUCAACGAUUUCAGAACAGCAGACAGACAAUAAAGAGGCUAAGUCUUGAUUUGGCUGGACUUAAAAAAGAAAAAGAAGAUCUGUUAAAGAAACUGGAGUCUUCAUCUGACAUCAUGAAUAUGGGAGAAGUUACUGGAGUAAUGGCCCCACAGUUACAAGUUACCACGCUGGGUCCUUCAAGGAGCAUAGAUUUGGAAAUUAAGCAAUUGCAGUGUAAACUAAAGAAUGCAACUAAUGAACUCACUAAACAAUCAUCAAAUGUGAAGUCUCUGAAACUGGAACUCCUAGCAAAAGAAGACCACAUAAAGGAGAUGCAUGAAAAGAUUUCUCGAAUGGAGAGAGAUAUAACCAUGAAAAGACACCUGAUCGAGGACUUGAAAUAUCGACAGAAAGUAAAUUCAGAAAGUAAUGAGAAUUUUAAUGAAUUGUUAGAAAGUCUUGAAAACAAGGUGAAAGCUUUAACUGAAGAAUGUUCCAACAAGAAGGUAUCGAUUGAUUCACUAAAGCAAAGACUUAAUGUUGCGGUGAAAGAGAAGUCACAGUAUGAACAGAUGUAUCAGAAAACUAAAGAGGAGUUAGAAAAAAAGGAUCUCAAGCUGAGUUUCCUGAUAUCAAAAAUAAAUGACACAGAAGCAGCUUUGGCGAAGAUUGAGGCAGCAGCAUCUGAGCAGCUCCAAGGCUUAACCCUGCAGAGUGAACAGGUCCUGGAAGGUGCACAGAAGAAACUGCUGUUAGCCAAUGAAAAAAUAGAGGAGUUCACCAUCUUUGUGAAGUCUUUGGUCAAAGAGUUACAAAGUGAUGUCCAUGGGACAAGAUAUCAAAUCAGAGAGCUUAAGAAGAUGCAGAAAAACAGACAUGCUUGUAAAAUCUCAACUCAUAAAGCCCAGACCUUGGCAGCUUCUAUCCUGAAUAUUUCACAGUCAGACCUAGAGGAAUUAUUGGACACAGAAAAUGAAGUGGAAAUUGAAAAGACCAAGAUAGAAGCUGAAAAUGACAGAGAAUGGCUGUUGUAUAUUCAGAAACUUCUUGAAGGACAGUGAUGAACAUAUAGUACCACUACUGUGGGCCUGCAUGCCCUGGAGAUGACUGUAACCUGCUAUUGAUCAGCUGAUUGAAGAUGAAUGGCUUAGCUGCUUGUAUUGCAGAUUACAUCAUUAACAUGGUCAGUAAACCAUGAAUUGUUCAAUAAGGCGUUUAUCUUUUUUCAUUUUACUUCUGCUCUUUUAUCAUUUUUAUUAGAAAAGACAAAAUUACCUACACUAACUAGGAAGAUCUGUUGAAAAGUGAUCCAUUAGAGUACCAUUAUGACUUCAGAGUUACAUAUACCUUAAUGAUAUUUAGUCUGUGGUUUUCCUCAAACCGGUUUCUUUCCAGUUUUUUAUUACUUUAUUAUAUUUGUGUAUUUAUGUGUAAGCAUACAGGGCAUAUGGUGUGUAUCUGUGUCUGUGUGUCUGUGUAGGUCAGAUGACAACUUGAGUGCUCAGUUCUCCCUUUCCAUUGAGAGGAUUCUGGGAAUGGAACUCAAGCUUCAUACCAAGCGCCUUUACCUUCUGAGCCAUCUUAUCAGUCCUUAUAAAUGUUUUGAACUGAAGAAAAUACAGAGUUUUGAUAAUGUUUUUGUUCUCUUACAGCUUCCUUUUGCCUCAUAUUUACUAGAAGCAGUAUUGGAGAAAAUAAAUGAAAACAAGAAACUAACAAGGAUAGUUCACAGUUACGAAAGGCAGUUUUAAAGUUUUAGUAGGUCUGUUUUCAAAUGUGAGGACUUCAUGCACUGUGGUUAUAAACAGAUAUAUCUGCUCCAGAUACCAAUGGACAGCUUCAAUUCAAAAAUAAAAAGUUGCUGAACAAGUGAAACGAAGUGAGUGGCUGCUGAAAAGGAAAGUCUGGCAUUUGCUUGGUGGAUAUUACAAGUCAAUGCAAACUUAAAAAUGACUUCCCUCCAGUACAUAAGAAGAGACUAGAAAAAGCUUGUUACAUACAGAUUGGUCUGGGUAUAAAUGAAAAAGACAUGAACAAAGUGCUUAAUAUUCUAAACUUUAUAUGAAAACUAGAUUUUUAUAUAAAACUGUUAAUGGCCUGUUGUGACCCAGUGAACAACACAUUUGCAUGGUGAGAAAAUAUAAAGUGAAUUAUCAAAUAUGAAGGAGGAUUAUUGGAAUGAAGCAAAUUGUUGGUUCCAUGUAUCUACUUUUGUUGACAUACUGGGUUAUACAAGAGAUACUGUACUUUUCUAGAACUAUAUGGAACAAAUAAAAACCUUUUUCUCCUCUCUCUCCUUGUACAGUCAUAUAACUCAACAAAAGCCAGAACUCCAGUGGCUAAUGUUGGGCUAGACCUAGCAGAGCUUCUACCAUUGAUUUACAGUGCCCUCUCACCACGACGAGAACAUUGUAUCUGUUUUCUGAACAUCCGCCUCAUUGCACUUCCUCCCUGAGUUCUUGUCACACACCCUUGGUGCCUCUGAGUCACUGAGCUUUGUCCUCUACACCUGCUUUUGGUGUCUUGCCUUUGUAGAAUACUCUCUGUGUAACUUUACUCAUGCCUGUCUUCCAUUAUUUAGAUUCACUGUACCAGUUCCCUCAUAGAUAUAUUCCUUGAAUAUCUUACUAUUUAACAUGAAAUUAUCUGUUUUUAAUAUGAUCGCUUCUUUGUUUUAUGAUUUAUUUUCAUUUCCAGCUUUAGAAUGUAGAUUCCAUGAGAUUAAAAUAGGUGUUGGCAAAUUAAGGUCCAUAGCCAGUUCUGGCCUGCAAUCUACUUUUAUAUGGUCCACAGACUAAUUUUUUUUACUUUAUUAAACUGUUUAAAAACAAUAGU